UGUAGCUGCGUGCAGCAAUGAGUACUGCAGCAUCCUGGACUCCAGUCUCAAUGAGCGCCUGUGACACUGGCAACAAGCCCUCCCCUCACCUCUCUCCAUGGAUGUAAUCUCUGUCUCUGACUUGACAACAGGUACUUUUAAGAUCUCAGACAAAGUAAUCUCUCCAGACCUGGGCGAGCCUUUGGCAGGAGAGUCAGAGCAGAGCUCCUACAGCGCAGAGUAUCUGGUGAAAGGAAUCCCUGUGGCAGCGCCUGCAGACAUGGGUCGUCAAGAGGGUGACCACGUGUGGAAGAAGGUCACUGAAAACAUCCACGAGGUUUUCGACUUCAUGGAGGAGCUGGGAUCGGGGGCGUUCUCCGAGGUGUACAUGGUGAAGGAGAAGAAGACGGGGAAGAUGUUUGCCAUGAAGUGCGUGAAGAAGAAACAGAAGAAAGACCUCAAUCUGGAGAAUGAGAUCGCCGUGUUGAGACGAAUCAAACACGACAAUGUGGUGGGGCUGGAGGAUUUAUAUGAAAGUUCGACCCAUUACUAUCUCCUCAUGGAGCUAGUUGCCGGCGGUGAGCUCUUUGACCGCAUACUGGACCGGGGGGUGUACUCGGAGAAGGAUGCCAGCAGCGUGAUCCAGCAGGUGCUUCAGGCCGUUAGCUAUCUGCACGAAAACGGCAUCGUGCACCGUGACCUCAAGCCAGAGAACAUCCUGUACUUCAGCCAGGAUGAGAACUCCAAGAUCAUGAUCAGUGAUUUUGGGCUUUCCAAGAUAGUGGAGAGCGACAUUAUGUCGACCGCUUGUGGCACCCCGGGAUACGUAGCACCUGAGGUUUUGGCACAGAAGCCCUACAGCAAGGCAGUGGACUGUUGGUCUAUUGGAGUUAUCACCUACAUCUUAAUCUGGGAUAUCCCCCUUUUUUUUCGAAAAAGGAAAAAAACGUUCUCGAAGAUCAAAGGGGGUACUUUAUGCCCUUCUGGGGUGACAUUUCGAACUGCUAAAGAUUUCAUCCGUAACAUGAUGCAGAAGAAUCCCAGCAUGCGCUACUCCACCGACCUGGCGCUCCGACAUCCCUGGAUUAUCGGAAAGACGGCCCGGAGUCAGGACAUCUACUAUUCUGUCAGCGUUCAGAUCCAAAAGAACUUCGCCAAGUCCAAGUGGAAGCAAGCCUAUAACGCCGCAAUAGCCAUCAGCCACAUGAAGAGGCUGCAGCUGGCCCACUCGGAGCAGGCCGUGAGGCAGACCAGGAUCCCAGACAUCCAGGUGGUCGACUUGUCCUCCCCGAAGAAAAGCCACACACGUCUCGAUCCAGACAAACUGGAGCAAAAGCUGCCGGGGUUCAACGGCACGGUGAACGGGACGAAUCACAUGACCCUGGACCCAAAGAGCCAUUAUCACACACUGAAGACCACUCAGAGUCAGGCCGUCCCGCAUCACGCCCCCUCUAUGGCUGAGCAGAACAAGAACAUCUACCACUCGGAGCCCGCCAACCUCAACGGGUAUGGGAAAACCUGUGACAGCAAGACUGUACAGACCGGAGUGUGCUCCGUCAUGUGAUGGCUGCAGGACGUUUCCAUGGAAACAUUUUACUUGGUCAGUGUUGCUGUGCUGACUCAGCGUGGAGCUGUUUUGUGUCAGCCGGCCCCCUUCCCCCCCCCCCCCUCGGUUUCGGGAAUGACAGGUGGUUGAUCCUCCGACGGCCCAGACGGUCUGCGAGGUCCACACAGUCAGUGGGACUUUUUAUAUUUUGGAAAGAGUGCCUAUGAAGCUUCCCGACAACCACACAAACACACACACACACAGACGCACACACACAGAAGACUCACUUUAACUCAGACGCACAGGGUAGACUAGAGGGAAACUGAAUGUCCAGCUAGCCUCCGAUGUCAUCAAGGCUUUAAAAUCAUCACUUCCUGUUUUAGUUUUUAUCAGGGAGACUUCCUUCAUAGUGUCCAGGUUUAUUAGGACUGGGGUUACAUGUUUAAGAAAAUACACACAAUGCAAUAAAACAAGUUAUUGUACUUCACGUGUUGAAUAUUAUUCUUUAGCUAACCUCCAUAAACGUAAUGAAAUGUAUGGAAAUAUGCAUGCUUACUGGUUCAAAUAAGCCAUACUGGUAUAAUCCAUUCUGUGUUAAUUGCUUGUUGUUUGUGUGUUUUUUCUAAAGUAUUUUCUUCUUAUUUUUUAUUAAAUGAUAAUUAUUUAAAAAAAGCUAUAAG